UAUACACGGAUAACGAUAAAUAUAGGUUGGCUAUGUCGUCAUCUCUCUGCGACUGCCAGUUCAGCUUUUAAGGAAGCGAAUUUAACAGACAAGUUUGGCUUUACUAUUAAGAGCCGGCAACGAUGUCUGGAAGCUUCUACUUUGUGAUGGUUGGUCAUCGCGACAAUCCAGUGUUUGAGAUGGAGUUCCUCCCGGCUGGGAAGCCUGAAUCAAAGGAUGACCAUCGUCACCUGAACCAGUUUAUUGCACACGCAGCCCUGGAUUUGGUGGAUGAAAACAUGUGGCUAUCCAACAACAUGUACUUGAAGACGGUGGACAAGUUCAACGAGUGGUUUGUUUCUGCCUUUGUCACUGCAGGACAUAUAAGAUUCAUUAUGCUGCAUGAUGUUCGACAAGAAGAUGGAAUCAAAAACUUUUUUAAUGAUGUGUAUGACCUAUACAUUAAGUUUGCAAUGAAUCCAUUCUACGAAACCAACGCGCCGAUACGCUCAACAGCUUUUGACAGGAAAGUCCAGUUUCUUGGAAAGAAGCAUCUCCUGAGUUAAUCUCUUAGGAGGAGAACUUGAACUCAUCUUGUCUAUUUGUUGUAUCAUACUUAACACAUUUGUUGAAUGCCUGUGUUUGAUUUCCAGUUCUACAGAAUGUAUUGUUGAUUUGUAAAAAAUGUGUCUUGUCUGACGUACUUUCUAUUUUUGUAUGAUGGACUACUAUAAUAUCACUAUUAAGGCUUAGAAAGGGCUAUUUAGCCAAAAUACAAUACAUACAACAUUUACAUUAACGGACACAAUCUUAUGUGUUGGUGUAUGUUUUACUUCAUCCAACAGUUGUAAUAGUCAUGGCAGUGGGUAGAGAGCAUGGCUACAUGGGAAGAGUCAUUUUAAUUACAAAAUUAACUGACUUAUCAACAGUCCUCAGACUAUGAAUCAUGCGUUACAGACAGUUCUCAGGGUUUUUUAUUUCUCAUUUGGCAUAACAGUAGUACAACUUCGAAUAUAGAUGAACGUAUGAGAAGUAGUUUAGGUGAAUGAACGGUUCACUACUUUUUUUUUAAGCCGUGGGGAAGACUUUCAACUGUAACUGUAAAAAAAUGUUCAUAGAGUGCUUUUAAAAUCAGGAAUCAUCAUUUAAAACAAUAAACCCAGCAAUAAGGAA